GCGCACGGUCUAUCAGCCGUACGGGAUGCUGCGAAUCCAGAGUACUAGAUUCAGUCGUACGCUUGGCUCCCUCCUGUCGCCGCCGGUUCUGCUCGCGUACGCUCUUCUCGCGCACGAUCCUCGUUAAAAGCGUCCGCGUGUCGCGGCCACGAGCCAAUCUUCCACCGACCUAUCCGUCACGCGUCUUCACGCCUCGUCCCUUCUACUCGUCUCACCCCCACGCGUCUCGUCAGUGUGCUUUCCACGCGUCUACGUUCUUUCUGUUCGUCGACCCCUUUCCGAACCGGCGAGCCCCUUUCGUCGUUGUUCGGCGUGAACGAAAAAGCCAGGCACCAAGCCGAUCUCUGGCUCAAGGAGAUCCGAUUCCUACGCCAGGAAAUCGAAGCGGCAGCGGCAGCAACAUGGGCAUUCUCACGUGAGAGGCGUGUUCCGGGGGUGGUCUGCCAGAAACAAAAACGAAUCCGGGGAAGGAGCGAAAAAACGAAAAAGCGAAAAAAAAAAGAAAGAAAGGAAAGGGGCAGCGACUCGCGAACGAAUUAAUAAUGCCGCGCGAGAGGAGCGCGGAGGAUCGGCUGAACUUUACUCACAGGGGAUCACGCAACAAUCCCGGAAGAGAACAGAACUGAAGGUGCAACGAUGGGGGUGUACGUGAUAGGUUUAGCCGGCGUGAUUGUGUUUUAUGUGGCGGUAUUGGGUGUCGGCAUUUGGGCGGCUGUUGUGAAGAAGAAAAAAUCCCGUCAUGGCCAAGAUGGUAUGAUAUUGGCCAAUCGUGGCUUGGGCCCGGUCCUCGGUAUCUUCACACUAAUCGCCACGUGGGUCGGCGGCGCUUACGUAAAUGGGACCGCUGAAUUGAUGUUCACCAGAGGAUUGGCCUGGUGUCAAGUGCCCUUCGGUUACAGCCUCAGUCUGCUGUUCGGUGCGGUGUUAUUUGUACGACCAAUGAGAAAAGCGGAGCACGUGACUAUGCUGGACCCUUUUCAAGAGAGAUAUGGCGCCGGGGUUGGAGGACUGUUGUUCCUUCCUGCUCUCUGUGGUGAUUUGUUCUGGUGUGCUGCGGUGCUGAGAGCUUUGGGAAGCUCGUUGGCCGUGGUGGCUGGCGUGGAUCCGGACAUCAGCAUUGUCGCCUCUGCGCUCUUGGCAGCCAUGUAUACCGUAUUUGGCGGAUUGUAUGCCGUCGCGUGCACCGAUGCGUUGCAGUUGGCGUGUAUUAUAAUCGGUUUGGGAGUGUCCGCGCCGUUCUCUGUUCUUCAUCCUGCCGUUUCUUUCGAGAAGAAUCUAGCACCGCACGAAUGGCUGGGUGAAAUUAAGAACGAGGACCUCGGCGAGUGGGUUGAUUGUAUGCUGUUGUUGGUAUUCGGCGGUAUACCUUGGCAGGGUUAUUUCCAAAGGAUCCUAAGUAUGCGAAGUACGUCAAUGGCAACGGCUCUAUCGAUAGCCUCAAUGUUCGGCUGCAUGAUACUCGCGUUUCCAUCAGCUUUAAUCGGCGUGGUGGCACGUGCCACCGAUUGGUCAUCCAUAGAAGGAUUUAACAGGAGUAUAAUAGCGCAUGAUGGGAACGCAGCGUUACCGGUUGUUCUCCGAUACCUAACACCGCAGUGGGUCUCAUUUGUCGGUCUGGGUGCCAUUUCUGCGGCGGUGAUGUCGUCAGCAGAUUCGAGUAUAUUGGCGAGCAGUUCCAUGUUCUCCAGAAACGUCUAUAGACUCACGUUAAGGCCAAAGGCAUCCGAGAGGGAACUGAACUGGAUCCUCCGGAUAUCUGUUGUCGUGAUCACGGUACUGUCGACUGUAAUAGCGCUCACUGUGGACAGCGUUUAUUAUCUGUCGUACUUGAGCUCUGAUCUUGUUUACGUGGUGCUCUUCCCGCAAUUGUUAACCGUGGUCCAUUGGCCCUCUCUGGUCGACACUUAUGGAUGCCUCGCUGGCUAUUUCGUCGCCGUUGUUUUACGUCUUUGUGGUGGAGAGAAAGGAUUGGGAGUGCCAGCUCUGAUCGAGUAUCCUUUCUACGACACGGAAACGCAGUCGCAGAAAUUCCCAUUCCGCACCGGCGCUAUGAUCGUGGCUUUAUUUACCCAGCUCAUCACCAGCUUCUUUACGAGAAAUCUCCUCGGUAAAGGCUACUUUCCCCGAUGCUGCGACGUUCUCAGCGUAUACUCGCCUGGGAAAUCGAAGGACCAAUCCGGAGUUGUACAGAGCAGUUCCGGUGCCGCUUUAAUGGACACUUCCUCUGUCAAUAAAUCCACCUCGGGAAUGGACUCGUGCGAUGGAAUCGGGCCGGGAAGCUACGACGACGACCGUACUACUUCGAAUUCAGUGGAGGACAUGACUGAUCGGGUAGACAGCGGGACCAUAGCCGGCGAUCCUUACGAGAAAGACACUACCAAAGUGAAUAGCGUCGGUUCGGCCGCUCAGAAAGCGAACCAAAGCCUUCAGCACCUUCAAAUCUUGAGAAACUCCAUUCACACGAGCUCCAUCAGCGGUAGACACACACCGACUCCCAAUCAGUACGCUCCCAUACAAAGCAACGAAGUAUCCAAAGGCCAAAUAUUAGGUGUACGAAACUUACGAGGUUCUAUGGGCCAGAUACUCUUGUCAACCGAUCGGCCAGCCAUAACUCCCAGCAACGCAGGCAUAGUGAACGUACCAACGAAUCCCACCGUAGCCACCCCGAUGACUCCAGGCCCUCAUUACACCAAACCUAACGACGGGGCUCUGUUAAACGACAAGACGAGAGAGAACGAGAGGAUCAGUAUCGUGGACAGAGGAAACACGGAAUUCCAAAUUGUUCCGGAUAACAUGCUCACUACUAUCAACGUUAAGAAGAACGUGAAGGGUGUGAAGUUGGUCGGUAUGGAGGGUGGCACGCUGAGGAGACCGUCUUUGCAGGGCACGUUUUCACCGACACCGUCGGUGGAGCUUGUCCACAUCUUGGACAGAAGACAGAGCAGUAGCUCGUACGGGCCUGGAUCCCUCUCUCCCGUUCCUAUGGGAAUAGAGGCGUGCAAGACCCACGGGACAGCGUUAGAAGGACAGAGUGGAAAUGAACAUUGCAGGAUCAAGAGGGGCAUCGUCAGGCAUCACAGUUUGCGCAGCUUCAACGACACGGGAGACCGAGCGCUGACAACGUUGGCCAGACAGCCAACGUACCCAUCGAUGCCAUUGCGACCCGAAGAUUGCCGCAUGACCCUGGUGAAGAAAGACAGGAGAACGUCGACGAUCGCUCGACACGGUUCCGUGACGAACGAGAAAGAGCUAAGCGGUUGCACAACCGGGCUCGUCGUUUGCAGUCCUACAUACAGCAUGUACAGCUCGGCAGUGAAGAAUUCCAACUACUUCGUGACCGACGACGAGGCGGUCAGCAGGUUUUAAACGCAUACGUUCAAGGGAAAUGAUACAACAAGCUCGUGAAGUAAAACAAUUGAAUCACAAACUGUUCAUUAAUCGAGUGGUUGAAGAUCUCACGGUGGUGUAAGUUAGAUUUCUUUAUUAGAUUUUCAUUAAAUAGUGUAUGUUUUGUAGGUUCGCUUCAAAACGUGUGGUUUUUGGAAACGGAAAUUCUCAAAAAUUCAUCACCACUGUGAAUCGCAUCCGGAUACGUAUUUCCUUUUUUUUUUUUUAACGCUGUGUGAACACACUGGCACAUUAGUAUUUUUUUAAUCUAACUUCAUUGAGCUUGCAAGUUAGAAACGAGUAACUUGCAAACAAACAACAAACGACAAAUCUUUUUUUUUUCUUCUUUUUUGUUUUAUUCCCGGACACGUUUCUAACUAUUCGGUAACUGCAAACUUUAAUUUUAAUUCGAUUUUACAAGCUCGCUGCAUCGUUUCCUCCGAGCACGCAACAAGGACUACGAGCCCGAACGAAAGGACAAUCGAAUUUCAAGCCUGAUCAAGCCACAAAACCCGAUCGCGUCUUCUCACGUCUCCCAUUUCUUUUCUCGAAUCGCCGUGCAACUCUACCACUGCCCGUCUUUUAUGACAUUCUUAGAAAAUCACGAGUUUUUUAUGGGAAGAUAAAAAGAGGGGUUGCUUUCUCUAGUAGCAAGUAACCCUAAAUCUCUGGAUCCCGAGGCACCAACUAUUAAAUCCUGGUCGAAAAGAUCAGUUCAAUUUUGAUGUAAACUCUGUCAACUGUGGUAACGAACAAGUGAGAUCAAGGUGAAAAAUACAAUUCACGAAGAUCGAGAAAACCGAUGUGAUUUCACUACGAUUGUCAGAGUAAGAUCGACGGAAUUUUAUCGAGGAACGUUGAACGUAGCGGUAAGGUUUUAAUUAAUAAACGAUGAGAAAGUCGUAGUCGUUAGAUAAGCGAGACACGUUUCUCUUGUAACAUAAUUUAGUUAAUUUCCACGUGGACAUUUCCACACGCGAGGUACCAUUCGAUUUAUCGUGAACGUGUUUCGUGACAGGACCGUGCUAUUGCUGUACUUAAUCUACCACUCAGGAAAGUAACUUACCUUUUAACUAAUUGAUUUUUAUCAGAUUUUGUCAGACGAACGUGAAAACGGCCAAACUUUUCGAUCAAGCAUUUACACUGCGGACAUCCCAUAAAAAUUUGUGAACCUUCUCGACUCGUUUUUUCUUCAUUCACCCCGUUUCACGGUUCCUUUUUUACGUUCGGCUGAUAAACACGAGGAACAAUGAGAAUCUCCGAACGCACAGUUUCGAAAGAACAAAGUAGCAAACACGAUAAUCCGAGAAUUGCUGUGCAUUCCUAUCGUUUGUUUUUGUAAAUCAGUGGAAGACUAAAACUGUAUCUUUCUAUCGAGUCGUUUAUAUACGUACAUACAUACAAGGUGACGCAGGGUUGUUUGAAGCAAUAGGAUAUUUCUGAUGACUAGAAAAAUUUUCGCACGUAUUUAUUAUGACACCGAUAUUAUGGUAAUUAACUAGAUACGAAGAUGUUACAUUUUUUUAUUAUUUGGCAGCACUUUCAUGUGACUUCAUUGCGUACCAAAUCUUUUUCUUUUGUUAUUGUAAAUGACGCGAUUGUCUUGCAACUCGCCGAGUUCGAGUACGUGAACAACUUUUGAGAAAUUUACAUUUGAAGACAGAUUGCUCAACUUGUGCGGUGUGAUUUUGAUUUUCGAAAUUUUUCCCAAUUCAAAUAGCCUUACUGUAGAAUCACUCUCUCUCGUCUUUUUCACAUUAUUUCUUGUUAAAUUUAAAGCACGCAAAAUCCUUUUGUUCUUCCGACCGGUAGAGAAUUCAAGAUUGAAGCUUAGCCGAUAUAAAUAAUCCUGCCUUACCCUGCUCCUCUUAAAUUCAAGAACACCUCAUGUGAUUCACAAUGCUCUCCCUACUUGGAGUCAAGUAUCUAAACGAAUUUGACAAAGACUUCAUCCUCGACAACUUAGAGUAUUUUUGGUACACGAACUUAAAUAAUAACCGAACGUCAAUGUACAACGCGAAUUAGCGAACGAAAACGAAAGGUUGAAGGAAAAAAAAAAAAAAUUGUUCUCGAGAGAAUACAGUUCUAGUCAACGAGCGCGUUUUCUAGUCUAGUUGAAAAAUACCCCUUUUCAGACUGAUUCAACCAGAGGACCCAAGUAACCCAAAAAAAAGUGAUUCAUUUUUGUACAAAAAAAAAAAAACACAAAAAAAAAACGCUCACGAGCGAACGUAAUAUUUUUUUUUUCUGCGUGACUCUGUGUAGAUAGAGCGAUUGAUAAAGUCGAGGACCUUUGGCCAGUUCGUGUACGAAGGGCAAGGGAAGAGGGGAACCUUCGAGAAGCACGAUUAUGCAUUUAGAUAAUUACGUAAGAGGUAGAUAAUAGACAAUUUAACUGAUAACACGGUGUGAAUUGGUGUCACGCGGCUCCACCAUUUCUGACGUCCAGUUCGAAGUGGUAAAAGAGGAGAAAUAUGCGAAGAGGAACGAUAGCUGUGAGAGAUAGAGGCAGCAGCGUGAGCUUCACUACUCGAAGCCAUUUUUUUCCGUUUCCAGCGUGAGGAAAAAUUUCAAGCUUUUGACGAAUAUCUCUCCUCGACUCUUGAAUCAGAUCGUUAUCCUAGGAAAUGAAAUUUUAGAUUCUUUUCAGUUUCAAAGUUAAGAAAGUCGAACGAGUGCAAUUCAAAUAUUUCAGUUUGCUCGAUUGCUAGUUGGAUAGUAAGAAAAAAAAAGAACGUUAUUAUUUGCAUUUGAUUACAAAUAGAUAAACAGGACCGUAAUAUUUACAGGUUGAAUCGGUGAACUUUUAAAUAAUUGGAAAUUGGAAAUUGACAAUUCCAAAUUUAUAUAUUAAUUAAAUUUCUUUCUUAAUCUUUAAAUCUGUGUACGUGUGAGUAUUCUGAAAUUUCUAUAAAUUCCUGAAUAUUUAAGUGGUCUGAAAAAUCGCCUCGUGAGGUGUACGGAUCGCUAAAUUUUGGAAUUUUUACUUUAAGUAGACAGAUUCUUAAAUUUUCUCGUUUCUCUUCCACCAAAAAAUCCGCGUUUCGAAUUAAUCGUCUGCUUCGAGGAGAAA